UUUGACUAGUUGGAAACAAGCAUACCUAUUAAGCGUGGAAAAUUGCUACUUUCCGAAUUAUCAUAAUCAAUACAACGAUUUGAUAAGGUAUCAGUUGGACCACGUAUCAUCAUUUUACAGGCUGAAAUUAUCUACGGUAGAUAAUUUAGAUACAAAUUAUAAGUAGGUACCUGGUUCACGAUAUUUUACACAAGUCUAACCUCAAAACAUUCGAACGAUUCCCAAUUUUAGUUUUAAUUUUAUAUUUUUUUUUUCAAUAAAAGGUUUUUUACAGUGCCGAUUUCCUGUUGUGAGAAUAACGUUGUAACUUUUUUAUUUUCUUUUUUAUAAUAUCGAUUAAAAAAUAAAUUCUUCCAAUCAUGUUAAAGUUAAUACUUUUAGUUAUGUUAUUGGAGUGCGGUUUAGGUCAACAUUAUCAGCAGAAGGUGGCUCCUGGUGUGCCGCCUCAAAAAUAUGAGAACAUUCAGAAGCCGCCUCCUCCGCCACCUAAGCCUCAACAACAACAAAAAUUGCCCCCUGGAGUUCCCCCACAAAAAUAUCAGGCUCAACAUCAACAACAGAAAGCUCAACAACAGGCAGCUAAUCAGCAGGUCCCCCAACAGCAGGUCCCCCAACAACAGGUCCCUCAACAACAAGUCCCCCAACAACAGGUCCCCCAACAGCAGGUCCCCCAACAACAGGUCCCCCAACAACAACAGAAAGUGCCCCAGAAAACAGUUCAGCCCGUAUAUGUAAAUCAAGAACCAAAAAUAUUAAGCGAGGAUCACAUGGAACAUGAAAAAAAACAUAUGGAGAUGCAUAUGGACGUUCCAGUAGACACGGCGGACCUCUCCAAAGAGGAGAUGCAUUUCCGUUAUUUCAAGAUGCACGAUAUUGACAAGAAUGGCAAGCUGGAUGGCUGUGAACUGAUCAAAUCCCUCCAUCAUUGGCACGGUGAAGGUGAGGCCCCAUCAGAGUUAUCUCACGUAUACAGUGAUGAAGACCUCAUAGAAAUAGUGGAAGGUGCUUUAAAGCAAGCUGAUUUUAACAACGACGGAUUCAUUGACUACGCUGAAAUGAAAAGGAGUGUUAUUGGUUAGAAAAUAAAGAAAGAAAAAAAAGAAAGGAAAGGAAAGAAAGGAAGAAAGGAGGCCGGAGUGAGAUGGUGGCUGAGUUCGGAUAGGGACCCUACGGGGUAUAACUAAAACCCUUGCCCAGGGAUACGGGUGAAGACCUCAACGGUUGCAGAGGCGGAGAUGGGAGCCAUCGGUACGGCAAUGCAGGACGGGGCAAGUCACGGGGACUGUAUCCUGGAACCAGACAGAGGGCAGCAGUAACUGUCAGUACUAUUCAGUGGCGGAGGACAGGAGUUCUAGUGCGGCUUUGAAAUAGACUACUCUGGGCGCCAUUCCACUCGCGUCAGACAGAGUACUGCGGGACGGAAGGCAAAAGGGCACUGCCCUAUUUUUCCAUAAAAACUAGCAUGGAGAAUGCUACACCGACAAGAGCGUGGCUCUUGAAUUAAUGAUGAUAGGAGAAAGUAAAGGAAGAAUAUUUUUUUUAUAAUUCAUGGACGCUGCUGCUACAAUACAAUAACAUCAAAAAUACUGUAGCGGACCCAACUAGUUGGCCACCUAGUUCCGCCCACAUCCAACAGAUGGCGCCACAUUCAAUUUUCGCCCCGAAAACAUUUGGCGGCAGCACACCCUCGACGCAAAAUAUACCUAAAUAGGUACUUAAAAUUGAAAACUACAUACAUACAUACAUAAACUCACUAUGGAAUUCCACUUCCAUUUGCAAAGUUAUAAGCAUGUAGCAGAGUAGGGGCAUUGUAGACUCAAUAAGCACCUACACAGAAUGGAGCUGACCGAGUCUCCUUUAUGCAGAUUCUGCUUAGGGGAAGAUGAGACGCCACUACAUCUGCUAUGCAGCUGUGAGGCUCUCAUACAUAGUAGAAGCCGUACACUUGGGGGCCACAUAAUGGACCCCCAGGAAGUCAUGGAGCUUUCUCUCAAAAUGACGUUGGAUCUCUUCGAACGGAUCGGUCUAGAGGAGGAUAUUUAAAUGUAGGGAUUUUAGGUCACAAUAGAUCUGUCAAGGUCGCAGUGAUCUCGCGGGCUGCAUUGCAGUCCGGCCCUCACAACUUGCAAAUUAUAAUGUAGCAGAGUACAAACUGUGCCAUACUGGCCUUUCUGUCUGACCGUCAAUCGUCAACCAUUCCGCUUUUCCUUUCAUUUUACGCUGAAGCAUUGCAUCCCCGACCUUCAUAAGAACUACAUAAAGAUACUAUGACUGCUUAGUUCCGGCCGUGCCCUCUAAUUUUGGAUUUGUAUCUUAUAUCUAAGCAUCGUUAUAAUUUGUCUGUGAAGUGUUGUUAAUAAACUGGAUAUUCCUGUUGAAUUUAUAACGUUA